GGUACAUCUUGACAGGUUGAAAAGUUUGUUGUUUUUAUGUUGAUGUUAAACGAAAUUUUAAGCACAGAUUAUUUUAAGCGAAAAAUUGAUGGUUGAAAGAACAAAUCAACAAAGAUCGUUAUACAGUUGUCGUUCGUGUCGAUAAUAGUUCUUGAAACGUCGCAACAUGGAUUUGAAAGACGAUACACCAGUGAUCAAACAAGAAUUCGAAAAACCUUAUGAAAACGCUGAAAUAAUGGAUACAGCUGAAAUAAAACUGGAAGAGGUUGAAAUUCAUUAUGAGGGGCUGAAAGUUGAACCAGCAUCAGAAGGUUCUAUGGAUGGAGCUAAUUUAAUCCCAGAUACAUUGAUCUAUGUAAAAAUGGAGAACCAGCUGGCAGAUAAGAUUAAAUCCGAAAAGGUAGAAGAGGAAGAUUUUGACAAUUUGCAGCUGACUGAAGAAUUUGACAUCAAAUCUGAGGAUGAUUCAAUGCCCGACACAUCAUCGAAUAGGGGGGAAGAACCUUUCAUACCGGAAGCUAAUACAAAUUUUUUCUUUUGUUACAAUUGUAACCACGCAUCUCGCUCAAAAAUAUCCUUGAGACGUCAUAUAAAUACCGGCAAAUGUACCGCAAAAACAAAAUUCGACAAGUCACAAUCUGUAAUGUCUUUGAACGUUCAUGUUUGUAAAUGUAACAGAGUGUUUGAAAGCAAGUUUUCUCUAGACAAGCAUCUAACCACAUGUGACAAGAAAACUACCCGUAAAAAAACGUAUACCUACACCUUUAAUUGCGACUAUUGUAGCAAGGCGUACAAGAAUAAAUUAGCCUUAGAUAAUCAUAUAAUACAGAAUCAUCCUAAAUUUAAAUCAACAGUUAAAAGAGACGUUUAUCAAUGUUCACAUUGCUCGUAUAAAUCUUGCAUAAGGCAAAAGUUCAAUGAUCAUAUACUGAGACAUCCGGCCGUAAGCUCUAGUAAGAAACUCGGCACGUGCGAACAUUGCGAUGCGUCAUUCAAGCAAGAGAUGUCGUUGCAAGAUCACAUUUUGAAAAAACAUCCUGAGCACAGCGCGUCCGUCACAGGGAGAAUACAUGAAUGUCCGCAUUGUACAUAUAAAACUACGUACAAAAGCCGCGUCAGAUACCAUAUGGCCGUUCACACCAACACAAACGCUACUAACAAGAUUUCUAAAUGUAAACAUUGCACCGCGAUAUUUCAAUCUAACAAUGCGUUGAAGGUCCAUAUAAUAAAAAACCAUCCGGAGCUUCGGGAUUUAAUUUUUAACAGAGUUUACAAGUGCUCGCAUUGUAAAUAUAAAACUGACAAGGAGAAUUUGCUGGACAAACAUAUGUCGAAACAUUCCAGUAAAGAUUUCGACCUUAACCGACCGAAAAACACCGUGUGCAAGUAUUGUAAGGUGUCGUAUGAAAGAGAAAGCUGGCUGAAUGAACAUAUACUAAGAGCGCACCCAGACUGUACAGCGUCAGUUUCUUGUGAGAUACUCGAAUGUCUCGAUUGCGAAUACAAAACUACGUACAAGUACAGAUUUGCUAAGCAUAUGAAACAACACAAUUACAGAGUUUCCGAAAAUGAUCCGUACGUCUGCGUACUGUGCAAAAAGACGUUCACUCGUAAACUAACUUUAGACGAGCAUAUCUUGCAGAUACAUCCGAAUUCCGAGUCGCUUGUUAACAGUAAAAUUCACGAAUGCUCGUAUUGCGACUUUAUAACCACGAUGAAAGCCAGACUCGGAGAUCAUAUGUUAAAACACCCGCACAGCAACAAGCUAGGCACUUGCGAACACUGUAACGCGACGUUCACGCGCGAGGUCGCGCUGCACGAUCACAUUUUAAAGAAGCAUCCAGACGUCAGUACGUCUUUUUCGAGUAAAAUAUAUGAAUGUCGACAGUGCAGUUAUAAGACGACAUUCAGAUAUCUAUUCAAUGAACAUAUGAUGGUCCAUGCAAACGGAGGCUUAAGCGUCAAGCCAAGGGUUCUGUGUACGCAUUGUAGUUCGUCGUUUAGGCUCAAAGCGUCACGAGACGAUCAUAUUUUGAAGAAGCACCCGGAUUUUAGUUCGUCGAUUACCAGAAAGAUAUUGUCGUGUUCGUAUUGUCCCACCGAUUGCCCGUAUACGACUGUAAUGAAGCAUUAUUUGGAUCGGCACGUAUCCGUUCAUCACGGCUUCAAAAAUGACGUCAAGUAAAGUGACACGUUAGAGGUUUCGAAGAAAAAUGAUGAGUCAAAUCGUUUCUAAAAGCGACAUGAAAAUCGUGAUUAGUAGGGUUUCCCAAAUGGAAGUUCUUUUUUUCAAACGCAGACCGUCGAAUUUUGCUUGAACAAUGUCAAAACAAUUUUUAUGUAUCUACGAGCCCCUUCCCACUUCAAGAUUUGUACCAAAAUAUUUUCUAAUAUACAGGGUGUUUCAGUUUAUUGUUGCAUAACUUUAAGAUUCGAUAGAACUUUUAAAAUUAAUGCAUAAAGUCUAUAUAAACAUGGGUCGAAAAAAGCGUGGCUUCCGAAAUACAGG